UGGAUUUGUUUGGCUCACAAUGCUCUGCGCCGAAGUUUUUAUUGUUAAUGUACAGACUCCACAGAAUUUUUAAAAGAAAAUCAAGCUGAUAGAAAUUUAAGCUGGAUAUUGAGUGCUAACAUUGCUAAAAAUGGUCAAUGUUCCAGUGCCGAUGCCGUCGGUGCUGAAAGCAGCAAAAAAAACAAAUGGAGACUCCAUAAUGGUGGCUGCAUCGAAUGCGGCGGCAGCGUUGGGUGACAACGAAGACUCGGAUGAGUCUGAAUUGGAGGAAGAUGACGAUUUACUUGAUGAUCCUGACGAUGUGAUUCUACAAAUCGACAGCGAGGACGAGGCCGAAUUGGAGGCCCAGCGCAUUCGCUUAGAUGUGAAAGCAGCGGCAGCCGCAGCUGCAGCGGAGACAGCAGAAACAACAACAAAGUCGCAGGUCAGUAACGGUAAUAAGCAGAAGCAGCAAAAUCAGCAGCAGACGAAUAACAAAGCAGCGUCACGAAAACCUCGUGGUCGUCCCCCUGGAACGGGAAACAAAAACAAACGGAACAAAUCGGGUGGAAGAAACUCGAGGAGCUCCGAGGCCUCCACAGCAUCCUCUCUGGUCGCCGCCGAGGUCUUGGCAGAUGAAAAGUGGCAUCGCUUCUUCUACAAAUGUUCCCUCUGCUGCAACCAGUACAGCGACGGACUGUCUCUCUCCCGGCACUUCCAGAAGGAGCACCCGGUGCAAGACUGCCAACAGGCCAAGCGCAAGCGUGGUAGAAGCAAAUGUUCUUCUAUCGGAAUCGAGUCACACACCCCUCUUGAUAUGUCGAGCUUGAAUUUAGGUUAUUUGAAGCCUUGUGCCCAGCUGCUGAUAGAAGGGGAGUCCCUGUUGCAGCUUUGUUUGGCUUGCAACUCCCAGUUCGUGGAUGUGAAACAUUUUCGCCGUCAUCUGAGCGAGCAGCAUGGCUACUUUAAGUUGCUCGUACCUAAGGAGGAACCCACAGAGGUGCCACCCACACUUGCUGCUAUAGCCAUGAGCAAGUCCAGUCAGCAGUUUCAGUUGCCCAUCCCAGCACCAGACACGCCACCGCCCGAGCAGGAUGGCAAGGAUUCGUCGGGGAAUGGCUCGCGCAACGAAAAAGAUGAUCUCGAUAUAUUAAACGCCAUGGUGGCCAAAAUGGCAGCCGUGAGGGGCAAGCAGAACUGCGUUCACAAGGUCAACAAGAUGAUUAUUAAGCUGCCAGGUGUGGCUAAGCAUGGCAAAAAAGUUAAUGAUCAGGCAGAAUAUCCUAAGCAAACGGAAAAAGAGCAGAAACGUCCAGACUACAUGGAGAACCCUGAAACAAAGAACGAGGAUAAGUCGGAAAAAGCAGUGCAAGAUCCGCAGCAGUGUCCAGAGGAGAUUGAACCAGCCAAGCGGAAACGCGCUUGCAAAAAAUUAGUACCGUCAUCCUUGGAUCCUGAGAAAAAUAUAAAAAAAGAGAUGGAGUCAAGCGAGCGAUGCAUGCGCAAGACUCGAAACUUUGUCGACUAUGUAAUGGAUUUGAAGGAUGAGGAGGACGAAGACGCAGAGGAGACUGAGGGCUCCUCUGCCACAGUUUCGCCUCGAAACAGCUCGAGCGAUGAGAGCCUAUUCUCCAUUAAACGGGAGUCAAUAGAAGAGUCUCAGAGCACUGGUAGGCGCAUACACACUUGCAACUUUUGCGGAAAGGCAUUUCAGCGCUUCUCACGCAUGCAAGAUCAUCUGCGAAUCCACACAGGCGAGAAACCAUUCACUUGUAACCAUUGCGGAAGAGCUUUUCGCUUGAAGAUGCGUCUUGCAGAGCAUAAGUUGCGACAUCGUACAGAGAAGGCCUAUCAAUGCGAAAUAUGUUCCAUGCCCUUGGCCACCAAACAAGAUCUAUCACUGCAUAUGCGGCAUCAUAAGAAUGACAGGCGGUACAAGUGCGACAAAUGUGACAAAGGUUUUGUGCGAAGCUCCGAUUUGGCCAUCCAUGUAAGAAUUCAUACUGGAGAAAAACCGUAUGCUUGUGAUCUGUGCGGGAAGGCCUUUCGGGCUCGUCAGAACCUUGUGGUGCACCGACGUACUCAUUUAGGCGAUAAACCGAUACAGUGUGAGCUGUGCGAGAAACGGUUCGCAAGGAAGAUUGACAUGCGAGUGCACAUGCGGAAGCAUACAGGUGAGAAACCUUUUAACUGCGAAUCUUGUCAGCGUGGCUACUCCUCCCGUGUGAAUCUGCAGCGUCAUCAACAGCGCGAGCAUGGCAAAGGCUCGCAAAAUGCCGUACGGAAAACGACCGGGCAAGGAAAAGACAUAAAGCCAGAGGCGGGAAACGAUUCCAUCCCACAGAAUGAAACUCAAUCCAAGACAGAGCAAAGAACAGAACCCAAAGAACAGGAGAAACCUGAUCUGCGCCGUCCGCGGGGUAAGAAGUUACAGCAAACGAUCUCUGCUCAGGAAAGACUACUGAAUGAUCUGAAGCGCAGCUUAUGCUCCCUACCGGAAAUAGCAGAGGAGUCAUGCACAGGAAAGAACGAAUUGGACGUAUCUACAUUUCCAGCCGAUACCGGGGCUGGUUGCGUACCUCCCGCUCAGGUGUCAGUCACAGUCUCCUUGCAAAUAGAGGCCGCCGCUAAUGUAGAAGAUGAUGAGAAAACUCCGGAGAAAGAGAAUGCCAUGUCAAGCGGAUCUCAAGUUGAUGGCAAGUCAAAAACAAAUCGAAAGAUUACGAGCUACUUCACCGACGUAGGCCAGCAGGCAGAAACGAAAACCUAAAGACUUAAGAUCAGGAUUCAAAACUACUUUUACUUUUACACCUUAAGAAGCCACAGUACUUGGAAAUUUCGAAAAGUUAACCUAGCGUAAACCUGGCAAUUUGUAUUUUUUAUAUAAGCAAUACAUCCUUGCGGCAGGGACUAAGUAUUCUUUUUAUACCAACUAAAUAUAAAUAUUAGGGUGAAGUGAAUUAUUAUAAUUUUUUGGUUUGAAGGAAGAGACACCCAUCAAAUCGUCGAUGUUGUGAAGUACAUAUAAUCCUCGAGAACAAGAAAAGACUACUUUUAAAAA